AUGCCGACCACCCUCAAGGAUUUCGAGACAGUCUUCCCGACGCUCGUCAAAGACUUAAAGGAACACUGCGAGCACUACAAGCUUCCUGACCAAGCCCUGACCUGGUUCGAGAAGUCACUAUACCACAACGCUCUCGGCGGAAAAUGCAAUCGCGGCCUCUCAGUCGUCGACACAGCCCAGCUGCUGCUCCAGCGAGACCUCAGCAAGGAUGAAUUCUUCCGCUCCGCCACGCUCGGCUGGAUGAUCGAGCUGCUACAGGCCUUCUUCCUGGUCAGCGACGACAUCAUGGACUCCUCCAAAACCCGCCGUGGUAACCCUUGCUGGUACCUUAUGCCCAACGUCGGUAUGGUCGCCAUCAACGACGCCUUCAUGCUGGAGAGCAGCAUCUACCUGCUGCUGAAGAAGUACUUUCGCCAGGAAAAGUACUACGUCGAUCUGAUGGAGCUGUUCCAUGAAGUCUCAUUCCAGACCGAGCUGGGCCAGGCAUGCGACCUCCUCACCGCACCGGAAGACCACGUCGACCUCGACAACUUCAGCUUGGAGAAAUACACCUUCAUCGUCAUCUACAAGACCGCGUACUAUUCUUUCUACCUUCCUGUGGCCCUGGCCCUCCACUUCUCUGGCUUCGCGAGCGAAAAGAAUCUUAAGCAGGCGGAAGACAUCCUCAUUCCUAUGGGCGAAUACUUUCAGGUACAGGAUGACUACCUCGACAACUUUGCCGACCCAUCAACGCUGGGCAAGAUCGGCACCGAUAUCCAGGACAACAAGUGCAGCUGGCUGGUCAACCAGGCGUUGAAGCGGUGUGACAGCUCGCAGCGGAAAGUCCUAGAGGAGAACUAUGGGCGGAAGGACUCCACUUGCGAAGCGCGCGUGAAGAAGCUGUUCGACGAGUUGGAGCUCGAGAAGGUGUACAAGGAAUACGAGGAGAUGCGUGUGAAGGACUUGAGGGAGAAGAUUGCGGCGCUGGAUGAGAGUGAGGGGCUGAAGAAGGAGGUGUUUGAGGAGUUCUUGAGGAAGAUUUACAAGAGGACAAAGUGA